CCGGGCUGGAAUGCCAUGAGUACGAUUUUUGGCCGUGAUGCUUCUGGGCUGGAGGUACAGCUACCGGAUAUUGGUGGAUUGGAGGUACGACCACCUGAUGUUGGGGGUCUAGAAGUCUCAACCAAAAUCCAGAUCGCGCAGGGAUUGGAAGCAUUCAGCGGCUAUGACGGUUUGGAGGUGGUGAAUAAUGGACAGAAUGGCAUCGGUGGAACCAAAACCCAAGACUUUAUAGAAGAAACCGAACCGAAACCACGGAGAAAGAAGCUGUGGUUCAUCCUAGCAGGUGUAGCUCUGCUGCUUGUGGUCGUGGGAGCCGUGUUGGGCGGUAUCCUUGGAUCGCGACAUAAUCACAAGGCUCCUGCGAAAACACGAGGAGCUUCCGCCACUCCAGAAGCUUCUGGCAAACCUCCAGGUUCUUCAGAUCCGCCGCUCACUGCCGUCUAUGCGACCUCGGGUAUUGGCGUCACGGGUUGGUGGACAGGCUCGUCAAGCUUCACCAUCCGCUUGAUCUACCAGAGACACAAUGGAGAUCUGCGUCUUAUGCGGUACCACUCUGGAGAUGGUAAAUGGUCAACACUGGCCAAUUUGACGGGUACAAGGGCCAAACUAGGGACCCCAAUUGCAGCAUCAUGCUUCAAUAUACCAUUCUUUUUCUUCACUCCAGUGACGAGCAGUAAUAACUUUACGCAAGUCGAAAUCUUUUAUCUCAACGAAGCAAACGAGAUGCAAGAGUUCUAUUUCAGGGAGCAGGACUCGCCUUCGCCUUCAGCACAAACUUUUAAUGGGAGCGGAAUCAUGUCCUCCAAAGGGUGGAAAGCAGCAGGUGAUUCGAAGAUUGCAUCAUACUGGCCAAGCGUCAUCUUUCAAGAUGACAGUGACCAGAUGCAAGAGGCGUACUAUGCCAAUCUGACAUGGGCGCAGAGCGAAGUAGGCCUUAAAUGCCAGAACAAUUCAGCCUUUGCAGAAGUGCCUUAUUCCGUAGCGGCUGGGAGGUUCGGAGGUGAGAAGCUUAUCUAUCAGCAGGAUGAUCAGAAGCUCCACAUCGAGGAAAGAAACAACUCGACCGACAAGUUUAAUGUUGGUGCACCAUCCAUUACUAUCCCAGCAAACGUGGCCAUGGGUGCGUUCACCGUUCCUCGAGACUCUGAUACAACUGACGGCGCUAUGAAUACCUAUAUCCUCUGGCAAGAUAGUACAGGUGCUCUCCAGAUGACUUGGGAAGAUGAUGAUACUGGAUGGCGAACCUCAUCGACGCCUGCCUCGCUUGGUGGUCCCGACAAAGGCACGGGCAUAUCUUGCCUCGCACCAACUCUCUGGGCCGUGGCUUCUUUAUUGUCAGACUACGGUAUGGCUCGCUGCUAUUAUUUGGUAGAUGGGGAAAUAAGAGAGGUUCAAUAUGAUGGUUCCAACUGGUCCGUGAUUGGAAAUGUGCAGCUAGAUUAAUGUUUUAAGAAGCAUUCUAGUAAGGGCGUAUGGCAGAUUAGAAUGUUCGCUGAUAUCGGUUUUGAUGAUUUAGCUAGAUUAGAAAGAAUGAAACAAAG